AUGUCGUGGACUCUUCCAGGCCAAGACGGUAUAUGGCCCAUUUUGGAUGAUUGUGGUACCACGCUCCAAACGCUUGACGGUCUUGCUCUCAAGGAUAGGCUGCAACUCUAUCACGUGCAAACGCCAUGUCUGAUUGGAGACUUCGUCUGGAGAUGGCUGGAUGGGGGCGACAAGUGGAAGGAACUCAUACAGAUGGAAAAGGAGAUGGAUGCCCACAUCCAGCCUUGCCUCUGCUUUGUCCUUUUCGCCCUCGUCGUCGUUGCGCUGGAGCACCAGCGCACACACAGCGUCCUAUGA